GCCAUAUUUACUAUCGUCGUUAUCCAGGGAGUAAUUAGGAUUCGACUGGAAAACGAGGCCUGUUUGAAGUCACUAACGCCCUUCCCUUCGUUCCUAUCUCUUUCUCUGCCAUUAUCAAAUCAAUCGUGAAGCUUGGACCCAAUUAAGCAAACCCACAUCCAGAUCAGGCUCCAACGAAACCCCAAAUCGAAAACACCAACCAUGUCCGGCGCAGUAGUCGUGGGCGUUACCACCUCAUGGGCCAGCGCCCUCGUCAGGAUCUCUCCCUACACUUACGCCGCCCUAGGUAUCGCCAUCGCUAUUGGUGUCUCAGUCCUUGGCGCUGCUUGGGGGAUUUACAUUACUGGAAGUAGCUUGAUCGGCGCAGCAAUAAAAGCUCCCCGAAUCACGUCCAAGAACCUGAUUAGCGUUAUUUUCUGCGAAGCUGUUGCUAUUUAUGGUGUCAUUGUUGCAAUCAUCCUACAAACUAAAUUGGAGAGUGUUCCAGCAACACAAUUAUAUGCACCCGAGUCUCUUAGAGCAGGAUAUGCAAUCUUUGCCUCUGGAAUUAUUGUUGGUUUUGCAAAUCUUGUCUGCGGAUUGUGCGUAGGAAUAAUUGGAAGCAGUUGUGCUUUAUCUGAUGCCCAAAACUCCUCACUUUUUGUUAAGAUUCUUGUGAUUGAGAUUUUCGGAAGUGCACUUGGGCUGUUUGGAGUGAUUGUGGGAAUAAUCAUGUCAGCUCAAGCAACAUGGCCUGUGAAAGCAUAAAUCACCGUUUUCAGUACAUUUGUUUUGGUAUUCAUUGAGUAAAAUACAUGUUAUGCAAACCCUUUUGAAUUCUGUAUUUUGUUCUAUAUUAUAAGUAGGUGUUUUAAGUCCUACUCCUAGAAUAGAAGUGCUGCCUUCAAUUCAUGUUGUAAUUUUCCGAAUAAAUGGAAUUUCUUGACAAUGGGAGCAUUGUCUUUCGUUGGAGUGAUUAAUUUUGCAACAAAUGUGUUUCACUAUGCUAUAUUACUGAAGCAUAUUUUGAUUGUAUGAA